AUGAAAAGGAUAUAUAAUAAUAAUCAGCCAAUCAACAGACCCCUUUAUUAAUAAGGAUACAAAGUUCAAGAUCAAGUAGUUCCAUAAGGAAUUGCAUUUUUUUCUACAUCUGGUAAAAGACAUUAUCCAGAUUUCCAGAGAGGAGAACUCGAAACUUACUAAGGAAUGCAACAUCUCUUCGACCCACCCAAAAGGUAAAAUAUUCUUGAGAUUUUCUUAGAUUAGCUCAAGAUUAUGAUAGAUCAUUAAAUACAAAAGACAUUGAUGGAGCAGUUACAAAUACUCUACGUAGUAAAGUUGUAAAAAACAUGGAAUUAGCAUAAGUUUAUAAACAAGAAAAGCAAAAAUCUUUAUGGGAAUAAGGUAGUAAACCUAGUGAUGUUGAUUCAUAAGCUUAUCAACCAAGAAUGAAAUGGGAUGAGAAUGAUCCAUAUAAAAAUAGAAGUGCAAUAUAUACAAAUAUUCAGGAUUCUAAAAGAAAAUUAGAUGAUUUAAGUGAUAAACAUCUAGAUACCAUUUAAUAUCCUGAUUCUACUAAUUACAAGCAUAAUCAACAAUUUCUAGAAUCUCAACAUUAAAAAUAAUUAUAUCCAUAAUCAUAUGAUGAUCCUAAUUUAAUUGCAUAACGUUAACAAACAUAAAACUAGUAACAAUUUAUUUAAUUAUAAAAUUCACAAUCUUAACCAAAUCUAGUUGUUUUACCUUAAAAUAAUUAAAUAUUGAACUAAUCUGAGUAACUAUAUUAGUAACCUCAAUAAUAUCAAUAUUCAAUUGAUGAUGAGAGAUAAAAAUAGUAAUAAUUACUAAUGCAAAAAUAAUGGGAAUAAUAAAGAAUGGAGAGUCUUUAAAAAUUACAGCAAUAAUAAAAUGAUAGAAUAAGAGAACAAUAGAAUUUGAAAAUGCAAUAGGAUUAAGACUAUCAAAUUAUUUAAUAGUAAAGAUAAUAAUCAUUAAAUUAAAAAUAAUAGUAUGCUCAAGAUUUAAGAUAAUAAUAGGAAAGUAACAAAGAAGGAAGCCUUAGAAAAGGAUUCACACCUCCACCUGCAUCUAAAAGUGAACUAAUUGGUGCUAUUUUAUCACCUCCAAAAUUAUAAAAAUCAUAAGGAUUUGAUGGAGAUAAGAAUUAAAAUAUGAGAGAUUCUUUAACUAAAGAAAUAGAAGAAAAUGAAAGAAAAUUAGUAAUUAAUCGUUUUAGACCACAUGAAUUACAGUAAUAUAUUUAUGACAUGAAAAAUGGAAGAAUAGGUGGUAGUAAAACAAGAAAUAAUCCAACCUUUAUGUCCUAUGCAGGACAAUAAUUAGUAAAUCAAUAAUAAUGA